AUGUCCGCAGCUCGUGUCCCUACCGGGGAUCACGUCGCUGGUAGUGCUGGUGGAACGUGUUUCGGAUUAGAUGCGAGAAAUCUGGAGAUUAAAACGAAAUCGAUCGAACACACGUUGGUGCCGCUAGUAUCACAGAUAACCACACUCGUCAACUUCAAAGAAUCAUACCUUCUGAAUGGCAAGCCGAAGUCGGAAAGAGCGAUCCGAGCCGCUUUAAAGGUAGGCAGCGCAGUUGAAGCAGCUAUCGAGCGAUUUGUUGCAGUAGGGGAAACGAUUGCCGACGAAAACCCAGAUAUUCAACCAGAGAUGUACGAUGCAUGCCAUGAAGCUAGGCUUGCAGGAGCAUCAAUAGCCAACCUUUCCUGCUGUUCGUCGGACAUUCCCGAUGCACCACUUUUGGACAAAAGUGUACUCGUGCGAGCUAGCAGACAACUUCUUAGUAGCGUUACAAGAGUACUACUCCUAGCCGAUAGGGUGCUCGUAAAGCAUAUUUUGCGAGCCGAAGACAAGGUAGCGUACUCACUCUCUCGACUCGAGGUGUGCCGUUCGUUCACUGAAUUUGUUAAAAUCUUCGCUGAAUUUGGUGGUGAAAUGGUGGACCUCGCCCAUAGGUCCGGUGAUAGGCAACAUGAUUUGAAAAGUGAGAAACGUAGAGCUCAGAUGGGGGUGGCAAGGGCUGCUCUUGAAAGACACACUAUGCUUUUGCUAACAUCAUCAAAAACAUUAUUACGCCACCCGGAAUCCGAAAGUGCUCUACAUUGUAGAGAUGGAGUAUUUGAUCAGAUCCGAAUUGCUCUUCAACUAAUUGCUAUUUGUGCUUGUGAUGGAGUCAUCAGCGUAGAUCCAGUACGAUUUGUCCAAACAUCCAGUGAAGAACCUUUGGAUAUCGGGAUUCAACUCACCGCUAAUGCUGCCAUCAAACAACUCACGGAGAUGUUAGAGAUGGUUCGGAUGACGUCUAGAGUUGGCGUAGGAGUGAGAGAACGGCUCAUAGGAGCGCUCGACGCACUUUGUGAAAUGACUCAGGACUUCACUGAUUCAGCCUACACCCCACACCAUCAUCGGGAACAAAUCCUGGACUUCCUAGAGGAAUGCCGCUUUGAAAUGACGAAUCUUAUCCAACCUGAAGACGAUUCCUCCGAACAGCUGCGCUCUGAUGGCAUUGAAGUAACUGUCGAGCGAUUAAACAGAAGGUUGAAAGACCUUGGCAAACAGUUGCAGAUUGUCGCGAUGGAACAUAUUUCUGAAGUCCUGCGAGCUAACGAGGAUCAAGUGCUGCUCUCGUCAAUAAAAGCUUGCGCAGUUUCUGGAGAUAUUGAUGGAGUUGAAAGAUACAUGGAGAAAUUUAAGGAGCACGCUGAACACAUGCAAGAAGUGUGUCGUCUACUUCAUCAUAUAUCGCUAACGGACGCACUCCAUGUAAACACUGGACACUGUGAACGAAACAUGAGAGCGUUGGCCCCCCUGACACUGAUGUCUGGCCGGACCCUUUGUCAACAUCCCUCCAGUCGGAUCGCGAGAGAAAAUCUUGAAGUAUUCUGUGAUACUUGGAGCCAAUCAGUCAAUGAUCUCUCACGUCUUGCUAAGGAAUCGGACUCAGCAGCGUGUGGUCGUGUUGCUGCUGAGAAACAGGCGUAUAUGUCGCUACCUCGACCAGGGGUGAGCAGUACCGAUUCGUCGUCAUCUUUACCCCCCUUCAGAAGCUCGCGCGAUUUGACUGUUCAAAGUUCCGGCUCGUCGUCAUCGUUGUCGCGAUUUCGGAAUGUGCCGCUUCGUAUUCUGAAUCGCUCAUUCGAAACGCAAACUGUGACACGGCUCAUUUGCGAUUCAGAUGGUUCGACGUCAAGCGCCUCCAUCGAUAAUCGCGAGAAUCGUUGCGAGCCUGUCAUUAUCCCGUCGAUACCCCCUUUGACGGCGAUAAUGUCGCAGGGUGGUGACGAGCUCAGCUCGGCCGCUUCGGCCACUAGUGAGGAUCGUAAGGCGUUUGAGUAUCGGAUCAGUCUGAUUUUAGACGAUCUGCACAGGAAACAUGGCACAAUGUCCAAGCCGUCGAAGCCGAUUACGCUGGAUAUUGAGGACCAGCAGAAAAUGGCUAAAGUCGGAUUGGAAAUGAAGCUACUUACAUCGGAGGUCGAUGCCGAAGCAGAGAAAUGGGACGAAUAUGCUGAAAACGACAUUGUUAAGAGAGCGAAGGCUAUGUCCUCAAUGGCUUACAACAUGUACCUGUUCACCAGAGGCGAUGGACCGUUGAAAACCACUCACGAUCUGUUCACGCAAGCGGAGUUCUUUGCCGAACAAGCGAACAAAAUGUACAAAACAGUUCGCGAGUUCAGCUAUGAGGUCCCUGGAUCAGCUGAAAAGAGUGAACUGUCGGCUAUUCUUGAACGAAUACCGGUUCAUUGCCAACAACUACAGGUUCUAGUUAAAAGCCCGACAGUCGGCAAGUCGGCCACAUUCGGAAAGGUGGAUUCGGUGAUUCAAGAAACUAAAAAUCUAAUGAAUGAAAUUGCAAAGCUCGUCACGUCGUCGUUUGUUUGCGCCACAAAGUACGAAAUCGAGUUCCGCGGCGGGUCGGUUUCAAGGACAGUUGGAGAUGGCGAUGCCCGUGCCUCGAGGGAAUCAACGCUUUGGAGACGGACGCCGAGUAUACGACGAACAGCGCCACCUCCGGGCACUUACCAACACCACUAG